AAUUUGGUCACUCUCUCCUCUCGUAUUAAAAUUCAUUAUUACGUAUGUAUUUCCAUCCUAUUCACUAAUUUCAUUAUAUGAAAUUAUCACAGUGUGGUGUAUUAGGAACGAUUACUCGACAUUGACAUUUACAGGGCAAUCUGACAGAGGCUUUUGUACAGGACUAUCCUUUGUCAAUAUAAAGAUGCCCGUGUUGUGUGUAUUGGAUUAAGUCGAUGAACUACUGCGAUAAAUAUAAAAAUUUGAAGUUAAUCCUCGAGCGUUCGAUCAGGGAUCAGUAGGUAUGCAGCAGUCAUACGUCAUAUUACAGUAAGACCUGUCCCUCCGGGCACCUGCUGACUGACUCACGGGUAAAUAACCACACUUCGACAAGGUGUAAUGCUGAGAGGAAGUUCUGUGUACAUGUAUCAGUGUGUCAAAGUUGUUUGGUGAAUUUGGGAGAUUUCUGAAUAACGUAACAUCAAUUUAGAAUUUCUCUUCAAACUCCAGCGAGAAGGACGUAGAAAUAUGACGGAGGAAUGAGCUGAUCCGGAGCUCGUCGGAUCCCGGCAACGAGGGUGUGGACUUAUUCUGGAUAUUACAAGAUGAGUGAUGUAAACAUGGCAAAUACAACAGAAGAGUUUUCAAAUGAAACUACCGUCGUCACAGAAACGACAACCAUGGGGAUGGAGGAGAUCGAGGCUCAAAUGUUACUGCACAAACUAAACGACGAGAUGGCGCUGCGUUAUCUUCCGGUCAUUGUGUACAUGUUGAUUCUAAUGUUGGUCGGAAUUUUCGGCAAUAUUUUGGUGUGUUGUGUGUAUUGCAGUAAGCCAAAGAAAACCUCAUCCCAUUACUUCAUCUUGAAUCUCGCCGUCCUUGACCUUUUGACCUGUGUUAUUGGCAUGCCAACGGAAGUGACGGACCUUCGAUAUCCCUACAUGUUUUAUGCUCCCGCGGCCUGCAAACUGCUAAGAUUUGUGGAAUCAGUGUCGAUAAUCGGUUCGUCAAUCACACUGAUCGCAGUGGCGUUCGAUCGAUAUUAUAGAAUUUGUAAACUGGGAAGACAAAUAUCGGUUAAAAAAUCCCAGAUAAUCUGUGUUAUCGCUGUGAUAAUUGGGAUUCUCUCAUCCUGGCCAGCGUGCCUUCUGUUCGGUGAGAAGACAAUAGAUCUAGGUAUACCGGGGGUGAAGGGUGUGGAUUGUUCCACGGACGAUUCCGUCAGACACACUAUUUAUCCCACACUGUAUUAUGGAUUCCUCUUUUUGUUGUUUAUAUUGUGUUUGGUGUUUUUUACCGUUAUAUACGCAAAAAUCGGUGCCGUUAUUUGGAGGCGCAAGAAAACCAGGAUAGGGGAACCAAUUUCCAGUUCCCCAAAUGGCCACGCUCUGAAAGAUUCGAACACUCCCUCGGACCAAAUUUCUUCUGAUCCAAUCAGCACAGAGAUGUCCUCUGACCACGAGGCCUAUAACGAAAAACGUGCGUCCAGUGAUUCUAAACAAGCAUUCGGUAAAAGACUCUCCAGAAAUAACGUGCGCGUUACCAGGACAACGGUGGUGUUGUUUGCCGUGACCGUUGCCUACGUCAUUAGUUUUCUGCCCUUUCUCAUCGUCAUGGUGGUGAGGAGUGUGGUGAAGAACUUUGAGGAAAACCUUAACACCGAGGAGGAGGUCGUCUAUAAAUUUUGCUCCAAAUCUUACUUCAUUAACAACGCAAUUAAUCCGGUGAUUUACAGUUUUCUUAACAUUAACUUUCGGAAGGACAUCAAAGUGAUUUUUAAAAAGUGUUGCUCCACUUGCUGCGGAUGUCGCAAUUGAGAUUUUUUCCCCCGGAGAUUCAUUAUUAGUGACAACAUUUUGAUAUAUCUUUUGUAUUCAUACCCAUAACCGCAUUAAAUUUACUUUGACAUUUCA